GGUAUCUUUUUACCUUGGCAAAGUUACAAUUUUGAGUUGUCUAAUGUACUUUAGUUGGUCUUUUUUUACAAUAAUAGUGUUAGUUUUAUAGGAAAAGCAUAUUUUUUUUUAGAGAUUUAUAGGUUUUUUAUCAAGGCUAAAAGAGUGUAGAUUAUUUAAUGGAAACCUUUAAAGUCACUGGUUCGCGAAUAUUAGACACAACCCCGUUUGAAACAGUUGAACAUAGAAAAUUGCCUGCUUUUUUACAUCUUCUCGCAGGAGGCACUGGAGGUAUGCUCGGAGCUAUUUGCACGUCCCCCAUCGAGGUAGUGAAGGUCAGACUGCAAUCCAAUCGUUUGGGCCCCUCUAUGCGACACAGAGACCUAUUUUCUAUAUUGAAGUCAAUUUAUGAGAAAGAAGGGGUGACUGCCUUAUGGAAAGGGACUAUGACAACACUUGUGGGAGUGAUACCUUCUAAAGCUAUCUAUUUUUUUGUAUAUCACGAGGGGAAAGAGUACUUAAAGCAAUACAACUUUGGGAAGGAGUCUUCUUUAAUUCACGUUACCUCCGCUUUUUUUUCGGGAAAGUACCUCAGCAACAGCAACAAUUACUAAUCCGUUGUGGGUAAUUAAAACUAAAAUUCAGCUGAACGACUCCGUCGUGGGGAGUCAUACAAUGACGUGGCCCUCAGUGUCUAGAAACAUUUACAAAGAGCGUGGCUUAAAGGGCUUCUUCAGUGGUCUCUCGGCAUCUUAUUACGGUGCCUCCGAGACAGCCACACAUUUUAUAAUUUAUGAAAAACUAAAGCAGGAACUUAAAGGAACAUGUACAUAUACCCUUGGCGCCAUGAGCUUUCUAGCGGAGAGUUUCCUCUCGGCGACUUUAGCCAAAGUAGUAGCUUGCUCCAUCGCCUACCCGCACGAAGUUAUCAGGACCCGAAUGCGAGAAACACCUUGUAGUUCGCAUAGUCUUAUUAGCUAUCAGUCUUUCUGGCCUUCCUACUUCAGCAUACUUAAGUACGAGGGGGUAACUGGCCUGUAUCGAGGUUAUGCAGCCCACUUAGCGCGGGUCUUACCGAAUUCCGCUGUCGUCUUUAUAACGUAUGAAGCGAUUGUCCAUUGCUUUAAUAGUUGAACGCGCCGGUGUAUUUAUUAGUGA